AUGGGCUUCUGCAAAGCAGUGGAGUCCCUAUGGCCUGGGGUCGCUGGUGCCACUCCGCCAAGUGAGCUAGAGAUGUUCUUGGAUCGCCAUUGGCUUGGGGAGGUGAGCCGGGCCAUUAUCGAUGCAAGUGGCGCCAGUUGCUUGGAGGAUUUGCAGCACCUGGACGCUGAAGGGGUCAACCAGCUGGUGCGGGAUGCCAAGCUGAAACCGGUCAUGGCCAGCAAGCUCCGAAAAGCUUUGAAAAAGCUGAAGACGGAGCUUUAG